UCCGAACACUUGUUGACAAUAAUUGUCCAUGUGGAAGUUAACAUUUUAGCAAUUUAAUCCUCAUUUGUAUCAAAAACACACCCACACCUACGAUUUUUAAAAUUUAUUCUCCUUCUGUGAGAGUUAAUUUAAUCGUAACACCUGUAACGUGGUGCUAAACAGUGUCUUAAACAGUGGUGCUGCUCGAUGAUGUCAGUGAUCGUCUGCGAUGACAAUGGUUAUCGUUCGACUGACCUUUAUGACAACAACAAACCCCAGCAGAAUAAAAAAUUCACUUCGCCCGAGAAUUUGAGAGCGUUCCUGGAGAGUGAGGAAGAAUCUAACCUCUCUGACAGUACUUUCGAAAUUAGCCAGGAUUCGGACCAUGAAGCUGAUCAAUCUACUGCACUGAUUGACCAGGGGAGAGAUACUAGAAGGAAGAGAGUAAUUCGAGAGGCGAAAUUUCCAAAUGUCUCCCAGAGUCCUGCUGAGGUAACUGUAGAGGAAGAAGACGACCUAAGAACUCCUGAGAAGAUAAUCAAACGCAAGAGAUCGAAGAGUGACAGCUCGGAUCAGGACGAUUCAUUCGGUUCCCCCGAAAUUCCAUGCACUGGUUCCCCAGUGACCUAUCACCUCUACGAGACUAAUAGCACAAAGAUAAUUAUUAAAAAAUCAAUGAGUGCGAAGAAGCCCCAGACGAGAGCCAAAAAGUUCUCGGAAAAGGACAUAAGUUCUAUGCUCGAGGCAGACGAUGAUGAAGAAAUUUUUGACAGACCUAAGAGAAAUCCUGAAGAUGGGGGAACUCCACAACGUCUCACACGAGCUGUUACGAGGAUAGUUGAUGCCAAAACUCCUCGAAGUUCCUCGAGAAUUCGAGGGCAGACACCAGAGGUUCCAAGCGCAGACGAGGUAUCUCUGAGAAUGAAAUUCAGACGUUCGACUGAUCAGAGCAACUACAAAGUCGAGGCUCUGGAGCCUGAGGUACUUGAGAGAAGAGCAUCCCUGAGAACUACAAUUGUCCUUCCUAAAAGAUUCGUAGACACAGGUCUGGAUAACACUCCAGGAAGGAAAACCCCAACAAGACAUAAAAAACAUGUACAGUAUCAAGAGAAAUUCAGUGAUUUCGAUGACUCCCUAACUCCUAAGAAAUCCUCUAGACUGGGAACUCCAAAAUCCGUUAGAAAAACUCCUUCAAGAAAUACAAAACCAGUUCAAUACUGUGAACAAUCCCCUGAUCUGGACGAUUCAAUUAACACCCCAAAGCGACAAUCGCGACAAACAAAGACCCCCAAGAGAGAUAAUUAUCUUCAGGUGGAAAUUUCCACCCCCACGAGUCGUUCAAACCAUCCCAAGACCCCCAAAUCCAGUAUUCUGAAAUCAGUUCCCACGACUCCCAGUGGACGACCUCGAAGGAGCACAAGAGUACAGUUAUACGUAGAUAACAACAAAGACGAGGGAGACGAGAAUGACACGAAUAGAGGGAAUACAGACGAGAGUGAUAACGAGGCUCUCCCCAGAAGGACUUUCGAUAGAAACAGAAGAUUGCUCUCCCAGGAGACCCCGAUGACUCCGAAAAAAUCAGUGACAAUUGUUGAAGAAACCGGGACACCGAAAAAAACACAGACAAAAGCGGGCCCCAGAACCCUUAGAAAGACUCGUAGGUCAUCCACUUCAGAGGAUGAGCCCAUGACUCCAAAACGUGUUUUCAGGUCAGCUUCUCUCAUCGAGGAACCUGUAACUCCGAAGCAAAAAGGAAAAGCCAAGGCCCACACUCCAUCCCUGAAGCACAAAGCAUUGACCCCCUCUAUGCACCAGAGAGCUGCAACAGUGGGCAAACCGAAGACAGCUCUUCAGGAAGCCAGAGCCCAACUUCACGUGAGUGCAGUUCCCAAGUCUCUUCCCUGCCGAGAGGAAGAGUUCAACGACAUUUUCACGUUUCUCCAACGAAAGUUACUGGACCACAGCAGUGGAUGUAUCUACAUCAGUGGAGUCCCUGGAACUGGCAAAACAGCAACAGUCAACGAGGUCAUCCGGUGCCUGAGAAAAUUAGUAUCAAAGGGCGAUCUCGAGGAGUUUAAUUUCCUGGAGAUCAAUGGAAUGAAAUUAACUGAACCCAGACAAGCUUAUGUUCAAAUUCUGAAACAGCUGAAUGGACAGAGUUUGACAUCAGAGCAAGCUUAUCAACACCUGGAGAAACGUUUCACGAAGUCGACUGGACACAGAGCCAUGACCCUUCUGCUUGUUGAUGAACUUGAUCUCUUGUGUAAUAAACGCCAGGAUGUUGUUUAUAAUCUGCUGGAUUGGCCUGCUAAACAGGGAGCUCAGCUGGUGGUGCUGACUAUUGCUAACACCAUGGAUCUUCCUGAGAGAGUCCUCAUGGGGAGAGUUACAUCGAGACUGGGGUUGACUCGUCUGACAUUUCAGCCUUACAAUCACAAGCAGCUGCAGGAGAUUGUCACGACGAGACUUAAGGACUCUGAUGCAUUCAGAAGUGAAGCUAUACAAUUAGUUGCCAGAAAAGUUGCUGCUGUCUCUGGGGAUGCUAGACGGGCUCUGGACAUUUGCAGGAGGGCUACAGAGAUCGCGGAAAUGAAUGGAGGGAAAAUAGUCUCCAUGCAGGACGUCAAUGAGGCCCUCACGGAGAUGAUCGCCAGUGCUAAGGUACAAGCUAUUAAACAUUGUUCAGAGAUGGAGAAAGUCUUCCUCCAAGCUGUCUGCGCUGAAAUCACUCGCACUGGAGUGGAAGAGGCUGUCUUCCAGAGUGUCUAUAAACAGAUGGAAGCGCUGUGCUCAUUCGAAGGAGUUAAAACCCCAAAUAUUAGUCAGACCUUGGAGAUCUGCGCGAGAUUGAGUGCUAAUAGACUUCUGCUUUGCGAACACUCGAGAGCGGAUGUCUUUCAGAGGAUAUUGCUAAAUGUCUCUGCUGAUGAUAUUCAUUUUGCACUACAGGACGUCCAAAUUUGAUUUUUUUUUUGUUUCGAGAGAAUUUGGUAUAAUAGGGAAGAAGAAAAACUUCAUUUUUUACACUCGUCAAGUAUGGAAUUUUAUAAUUAAUGAGAUCUGUUGAAGGAAAUAGCAAGAAGUAUUUUUUUACUGCAAAGAAAGGAUUUUCUAGUUUCCGCGGAAGGCAAUCUACGGUGACAAAGAAAAUUGUUGCAAAUGUGAAACUAUAACUGUAGAAGGUGACUUUUCAUUCUUGACUUCUUCUCUUCUUUGCUUGGGUUUUAUAAUUCGAAGUAUAAAUAAGAAGCCACCUUUGAUAUGUCAAGUUAUAAUAUUUGUUAAUUGUAGUGUAGUUUUUUUUAUUAUUCUGACGGUUAUAAAAUGAAUGUUGCAAAAGUGCCUUCGAGUUUACCGAAAAUUACUGGAUAAUAAAUUUCGCGUUAAUUUUACUGUAGUUUUCUCAACAUUUUUUUUGUUUUGCAGUAAAUAUCAUUGGCAUGAAAUUACGUAUUUUCUUAUGGGAUUUUUGUUGAAAAUUUGUGCGCAUUAAGUAUGACGAUUUUUCAUGCAUAAGAAGUAUAUGUGAAAAUGUCAAAAAGUAUUUUGGCGAGAAAAAAAUCGCUUUAUAUUUUCGAUAAUAAUUAAUCUUUGAUCUGAGGUCGAAAUUACUAAAAACGACAGAUUGAAAUCCUAAAGGUAUUCCCCGCGAUUAUUUAUCAUUUCGUUUUUUAAUUGCAUUAUUUUAUUUUUAAGGACGAGAAACAGAGCCUGAAUUCAUAUUUUACUCGUUCACAAUCCAUUUUAUCAUCCAACUCCCGAAAAGUGCCUUUCAUUGUACAAAUGAUUCUUGAUGAAUAAAAACGUAUUCUAAGCAAA